UGCUCCUCCCAAUUUCCCACCAACAUCCGCUCGCAGCGUACGUUAUUAGACCACCGUGCUCCAGAUAUAGAUAUAAAGAACAGAAGCAGACGCCAUUGACCUCCGCAGUGUGUUCCCUCUGACGCGUUCAUUGUCGUCUCCUCACUUUUCCCAUCCCAACACACAACCAUGAUAUUACCGCAGCUAUCAGUGUCAGAGGCCCUCGCCGACGCAGCCCGUCUCGCCACCUUCAGCCGCGUAGGCGACGUCCUCCUCACCAACAUCGCCGGCCACGAAGCGGACCUCGUCCAACUCUUCGACGUCGCUUCCUGUUGGGUGGAAGUCCCGCCGACGCUCGACACGGACGCUGUCGUCAAGCUUCUUGACGGCGGUGCAACGAAGGUCGUUAUUGAUUAUUCGGGCGAGUCCGUGAAGCCUUUGUUGGAAGUGCUGCCUGGCGACCGCGUCGUGCUUGUCAUAUCUGACGUUGAGCGUGCGUUGAAGGCCGCGGACUCGGAGCCGGUCCCCAGUUCGGUGGAUGGGCUGAUAUUUGAGGUGGACGAAAGGUUCUUGCAGAGCGAAGCAGGGCAAGACGCUUUCCUCGGGGCGUUGUCAACCUUCCCUGGAGGUGAUGUGCGGAUACUCUUCCGCGCCAAAGGGACUCAGGGGAUAACUCCCCAGGUCGUGCUUCAAAGCAACGAAAAAGGAAUCGAUGCUGUUGUACCGGCUAGUCAAUUUGGCGGAGAUGCCAUCGAUCUGGGUGCUGCCUUUGCGGCAUGCCUGAAAACCGACCGUCCCGAUGGACUGUUUCCCACGAUAGUGGUCGAUGAGCAAGGAGUGGCUUUAGGACUCUGCUAUUCGUCGAAAGAAAGCAUCGCAGAGGCUGUCAAGACGGGGCAGGGCGUCUACCAGUCGAGAAAUCGAGGGCUGUGGUACAAAGGACAAUCCUCCGGCGCCACGCAGAAACUCAUCAAAAUCGACUACGACUGCGACCAGGACACGCUUCGAUUCACUGUGCAGCAGGCGGACCCGGGCUUCUGUCAUCUGAACACUCGCACGUGCUUUGGGGCGGAUAAUGGCAUCAGCGCGCUGGCGAGGACGUUGGAGAGCCGCAAGACGGCCGCGCCGGAAGGGUCGUACACUCGUCGCUUGUUCGAAGACAAAACUCUCCUGCACUCGAAGAUCAUGGAGGAGGCUGAUGAGUUGGUGCAGGCGACCGAUAAGGAUGAGAUUGCGUGGGAGACCGCAGAUUUGAUUUUCUUUGCCUUGACAAAAUGUGUCGCCAAUGGGGUGUCGCUAACGGAUGUGGAGAAGCAUCUGGAUAGACGGGCGAAGAAGGUUGUUAGACGGCCAGGGAACGCGAAACCGAAAUGGGACUUGGCGAAGAAGGAGGAAAGCGGAGCCGUCAACGGAGCCCAACCAGCGAAACCCGUCGCUGCCGUUGCGGAACCGCCAUCUGACGGCCGAAUUAGAAUGCGGACGCACGUUUUCACUCAAACGAGCCCCGAACAGCAGCAAGCACUCCUCCUCCGCCCCAUCAUCAAAACCUCCGAAAUCAUGUCCCGCGUAAAACCCAUCGUAGAGCAAGUCCGCACGGGAGGAGACAAAGCCCUCCUCCACCUCACCGCAACCAUCGACAAGGUCCAGCUCGACACCCCCGUGAUGAAGGCGCCAUUCCCAGCUGCCGCCAUGGCCAUAACCGACGACGUGAAGAAGGCGAUCGAUCAAGCGUAUGACAACAUUCACAAGUUCCACGAUGCCCAACUGGAUCGCGGCGUGUUGAGGGUUGAGACGAUGCCUGGUGUGGUGUGCACGCGGUUCUUUAGGCCUAUUGAGAGAGUGGGUCUGUACGUGCCUGGAGGAACGGCCGUGCUUCCUUCGUCAACUCUCAUGUUGGGUGUCCCCGCCAAGGUCGCCGGAUGCAGUGAAAUCGUUGUGGCCACACCCCCUCGGAAAGACGGCACUGUCGCGCCGGAAGUCGUGUACGUGGCCGACAAGAUUGGCGCAACGACGCUGUUGAUUGCAGGAGGAGCGCAAGCUGUCGCCGCAAUGGCGUACGGGACUGAGAGCGUGCCGAAAGUGGACAAGAUCUGUGGACCGGGCAACCAAUAUGUGACGGCCGCCAAGAUGGUGGCACAGGGAGACAGCUCCGCCAUGGUCUCGAUCGAUAUGCCGGCAGGACCUUCCGAGCUUCUGGUCAUAGCGGACGCAACAAGCAAUCCCGCCUACGUAGCCUCCGACCUCCUCUCCCAAGCCGAACACGGCACCGACUCCCAAGUCGUCCUCCUCACCGUCGGCCUGAACCCGGAACAAAUCGCCGCCAUCGAGAACGAGAUCCACACCCAAGGCUCCGCCCUCCCUCGCGCCGACAUCGUUCGCGUCUCGAUCGCCAAAUCGUACAUCAUGCAGAUGGACACUGUCGAAGAAGCCAUGCGAUUCUCGAAUAUGUAUGCGCCUGAGCACUUGAUUUUGCACUGCAAGGAUGCGGAGACGUUGGUGGAGCAGGUCAUGAAUGCUGGUUCGGUGUUUGUGGGGCAGUGGUCGCCUGAGAGUUGCGGUGACUACGCCUCCGGCACAAACCACACCCUCCCAACCUACGGAUACGCGCGCAUGUACUCGGGAGUCAACACCCUUACGUUCGUGAAGCACAUCACUUCGCAAAUGCUAACAAAAGAAGGUCUGGACCGGCUGGGAGACACCGUUACCACACUCGCAGCCGUCGAAGGGCUAGAGGCUCACCGCAACGCUGUGGCCAUCCGUCUGAAGGACAUCAGGGGUGAUGACGCGAAGGCGAAGUAGAGGUUGUGUUCCUGACGGCGUCGUAUGGCUUCUUAGCAUUAGUCAUGAGGUAAUCGGUUGUCACGGCGUUGUCCUUUCCAUUCCUUGCAUACAGUAGAGCCUUUCAUUCCCCCGCCAUGACCGACAUGCACACCUAGCAAUCAUUAUUCAUCGGAUUA